AUCAAUGGUGUCAAGCAUAGGUUCGCCUAAACCAUGGUUCCGUAAAACAUUGUCACCAAAUAGGGUUUGCCCCUCCCUGCAUGCCAGCGCUUGAGUGUUGUUUGGUCUAUAAUUCACGGGCGAGAGAAGUGGGUUAUAUAUUAGGCAUAUAUUAUAAAUUGAACACAGAUAUUUGGUAGGACAUUAUUUUUGUAUUAAUUAUGCGAUAAUAUUAAUAUUUGAUAUGUGAUUAAUUGCACGCUAAACAUGCUGAUCGCCUACCGUCGGAGCAAUCUAGUUACGUUUGAUUGACCUGCUUUUGAUAGCCAAGGUCGGUUGAAGCCCAAACUCGUAAUACGAUUCCGUAUACAUAUCGAAAAGGCGAACUGGCAAACAAAAUAGGCCCAUCUUAGUUUACAGUCCGUCCUGGCUAGGUUUGAUCUUCCGUGUAGGUCGGGCUCUCGUCUGCUAGAUUUGUCACGUUGAGUCGUCGAGAAUCGAGAUCAGAUCGACCAAUCUCGUUGCCGACUUGCUUUGUCGCCGCUCGCCGCCUCGUUGCUCGCUCGCUCUGCGCCGCCCGUCGGGCGCCAGGAUUCCAUCCAGACCAUAAGCGGCGAGGUCGAAGCUGAUGCUUCUGCCGUGCUAGGCACCCGCCAGUCCCCCUUUGUUUUCAAGGUGCCGCGAAAACGUCGUGUGUAAACCCAGCCGGAGCGCGUGCUGCCUGCGGCACUUGAACUGAAACGGCGAGCGGCGUGUGCUCUGCCGGCGGUUGGGGUCUCCAAGCGUCUCCAUCCAGUACUCCUGGUGAUAAAGAUCUUUCCUUCUGCGUCGCAGGCCAAAAGUUUGAACCCCACGCCAUGGUGGUGGACUCCAUUUUCGCAGACUUCAGGCUUGACCCGAAAAGCGACUUGUAUCUCUUCCAAACCCUCGGCGUAGGGGGGCACGUCCUGCGCAUAGGAUGCCACCCGCGCGGGACUGGGCACAGAGACGACGGCGACCUCUCCGUCGCCCUGAGGCUGCAGAGCAAAUCCAGGAGCGUCAAGGCCGAAUUCGAGGCCUUCCUGGCGGGCGGAGACGACGGCGCACCACCGCUCAAGGCAAAGCGGUCCACGUUUACGCAGGAGAAGACCCCCGAUGACCACGACGGCGUCGACGUCCAUGGCUGGUUCCAUUUCAUGCGGGGCGACGUAGACUCGCUUUUCGCGGCGCACGGCGCGGCCACGCUGGUGUGCGGGGCCGUGCUUGUGCGCGGCGACGACCCCGUCCCCGUCCCGGCGUCCGACAUGGGCGACCACCUCGGGCGCCUGCUCGACCGCGCCGACGGCUCGGACGUCUCCUUCUCGGUCGCCGGCGAGACGUUCCGCGCGCACCGGGCCGUCCUCGCCGCCCGCUCGCCGGUGUUCAGGGCGGAGCUCUUCGGGUCCAUGGCGGAGGCCGCGAUGCCAUGCAUCACCCUGCACGACAUCGAGCCGUCGACGUUCCGACUUCUGCUUCGGUUCGUGUACAUGGACCGGCUGCCGACGGACGAGGAGCUUCCAAGCUCUUCGGAGACGACCGAGCUGUUCCAGCGUGUGCUUGCGGCGGCCGACCGGUACGAUCUGGGCAGACUGAAGCUCCUCUGCGCCCAGAAGUUGUGGGAGAGCGUGUCGGUGGAGACGGUCGCUACUACUUUGGGUUACGCUGAAAUGCAUAGCUGCCCGGAGCUGAAGAAGAGGUGCCUCGACUUCUUCAUGGCGGACAAGAACUUCAAGAAGGUGGUGGUCACCGACGGCUACUUCUGGCUCAUCGGACGCUUCCCCUCCAUUAUUUAUGAUAUAAGAGCACGGGUUGAUGAGACUUGAUUCACGCCAAUAUUCAUUCUAGUCUUGUGCUGAGUCGACUGUUGCAACAAUUCUUCUUCGAGAUGUGCAACAUUUUAUUUUUGUGCUGCAACA